AUGACUGGGAGCUCUGGGCACCUCGGCAAGGAGACAAAAGAAGAUGAAGAGAAGGCCUGGGAUUUUCUUUUGACGGAUAUGGAUAAGAUGAUUGUAAAGACAAAUCAUUACACACCACUUGGAUGUGGAAGCAUGCCCUUAAACAGGAAGAUUGACGAGUACAUUAAGUAUGGGAUAAUCAAUUUGGACAAGUCGUCCAACCCAAGUUCGCACGAGGUUGUGACAUGGGUAAAAGAGAUUCUGAAGUGUGAGAAGACGGGGCAUAGCGGAACACUGGACCCCCAAGUGAGUGGAGUUCUGACGGUCUGUAUUGAUCGAGCAACCCGCCUGACAAAAAGCCAGCAAUCCCUAGGAAAAGAGUAUGUGUGUGUGAUUGAGUUUCUAGAGGAACCAAGUGAAGAAGGAUUUCGUAAAGCAGCCGAAAGGCUUGUAGGGUCUUUGUUCCAAAGGCCUCCUUUGAUGUGUGCAGUCAAAAGAGAACUAAGGAUAAGGAACAUCUACAGUAUCGACAUUCUCGAGUUUAACAAAGAGAGAAGGCUUGGUCUCUUCAGGGUGUCGUGCGAAGCUGGGACUUACGUCCGAACCCUCUGCAUGCAUAUGGGGAUACUAAUGGGGUGUGGAGCCGUGAUGAAAGGACUUCGAAGAACAAGAAGCGGGAGAAUCUCUGAAAAAGAUAUCUUUACACUGCAUGACCUACUUGAUGGAGUACACAUAUUCAAUUCCACAAAAGACGAAAGGGUGAUCAGAAGGGUGAUACGGCCUUUGGAAAGCCUUCUUGUGGGAUAUCCAAGGAUCAUGAUAAAAGACAGCUGUGUUAACGCCAUAUGUUAUGGAGCAAAGUUGAGUAUUACAGGAGUCCUCAGGUUUGACAGAAACAUCGAUGUUGGAAUGGACAUUGUGAUUGUUACAACGAAGGGAGAAGCUGUUGCUCUUGGAAUUGCUCUUGUCAGCAGCCCCGAGAUGAGCAUCAUCGACCAUGGGCUUGUAUGCAGAACCAAAAGAGUUAUUAUGGAAAAAGAUCUAUAUCCGAGGAGUUGGGGGUUUAAGAGCGAAUAUGAGAUACUUAGUGAAUAG